AUGCGGUCACCGACGGCAAACGCCUCAAACGUCGCCGGCGUCGAGGCGGUCGUCGUGCACAGCUGGCUGCAGAGCCUGGAGGUCGGCGAAGCGCCCGCAGACUUGGCGCUCGACAGCGGGUACUUCAGCAUGCCGCUGGUGGAGCUGACGCAGUGCGCCAACUACCUCAACUUCCUCAGGUCGGCUGGCGUGAGCCACGAGAGCGUGGUCAAGAGCUCCGCCACGGCCGUCGGCCACAGCCAGGGCGUGGUGAGCGCCGUUAUCUUCUUGGCGGCCAAGACGGCCGAGGAGUUCGUCGCGAUCGGUGUCUGCGUCGUGGACGCCGGCCCGAUGCUGGCCGUGCGCGGCCUCAAGAAGGAGCACGUGGCCAAGGCCAUCGAGGUGGCCAAGCGCCGCACCAAGAGGCCCGACCUGCAGCUGUCGCUCAUCAACGCGUCGGACGUGGUGAACAUGACGGGCUUCCCCGCCACGCUGAUGCUGCUGAAGCAGGCGCUGGAGGGCCUGUUCGCCAAGGCCGACGCCAACCAGACGCGCAUCCCGCACUCGCAGCGGAAGCCCAUGGGCUCGCUGUCGUUCCUGCCGCUGUCGGCUCAUUUCCACACACCGCUGCUGACUGAGGCCAAGCCGAAGCUGGUCCAGGACGCUGAGCGCGUCAAGUGCGCCAGCAAAGGCAGCCAACUGCAGGUGCCCGUGUACGCUACGAACGCGGAGGCAACCAACCUGCAGGCGGUUGACGACGUUGUCGAUAUACUUAUUAACAUGCAGUUGCUGAAGCUCGUGGACUGGACGGCGACGUGGGCACAGAUCGCGGAGCACCACUCGAGCGCAACUCACGUGCUGGCGUUUGGACCCGAUCUUGGCGUAGCAAAGCUGAGCGACAAGUUUGCGGAAGGCCUGGGCAUCGAGGUGGUGAUUGCGACCGCCAAGCAUCCGAUUAGGAGCACAUCGACGAAGUACGACCCUCACGUCGGCCUGCAGCAGUUCAUCGACGCUGCGCCGAGCUUCACCCCGGCCGAGGCGACGUGGGCAAAGAAGUUCGGCCCGCAGGUGACGGCGUCGGGCAAGAUCUACAACAUAUUCACACGCGCGCUGAACAAGCCUCCCAUCAUGGCCGCGGGUAUGACGCCCACGACGAGCCUGGAAGGUAUCGACCUCGUUGCGGCUAUCCAGAACGCGGGUUCCCACGGCGAGCUUGUGGCGGGUGGUCUGUCGCACCCGAACAUCUUCGAGGACGCGGCGAACGAGCUGGUGUCGAAGAUCAAGCCUGGCCUCGUCAUCGCAAUCAACAUGCUGUACCUGACCGCGAAGCAGUGGGGCUUCCAGUUCCCGAUGGUCCUUCGUAUGCGCCGCAGCGGCGUGCCUAUCGAGAGCAUCACGAUUGGUGCCGGUAUCCCGACGCAGGAGCGUGCGCUUGAGAUUAUGUCGCAGCUGGAGGCCGUUGGCAUCAAGUGGACUGACGGCCGCGCUGGUGGCCACCACAGCUUUGAGGACUUCCACCAGCCGAUGGAGGAGACGUACGCCGCCAUUCGUCGCGUGUCGAACGUGCUGGUGGUGGUGGGCUCUGGCUUCGGCAACUGGGAGGACUCGAAGCAGUAUCUCACGGGCGAGUGGAGUCUGGCCCGCGGCCACCUGCACAAUAUGCCUGCAGAUGGUAUCCUGAUGGGCUCUCGCGUGAUGGUCGCGAAGAAGGCCGCGACCGCGCCGGCAGUGAAGAAGCUGCUGGAGCUGGAGUGGGAGACGAGCUACACGGGCGUCACGGGCGGCGUUGUCACGGUGACAUCGGAGCUGGGCGAGCCGAUCCACGUGGUUGCCAACCGCUGCGCUGUGCUGUGGAAGGAGUUUGACAACAAGUACUUCUCGAUCCCGCACGAGCAGGUGGAGCUGGCCCUCCGCCUGAACAAACAGGACAUCAUCGUGCGCCUGAAUGCCGACUACCAGAAGCCGAACUUCGGCUGCGAGCGCAACGUCGAGACGGCCGAGGUUUUCCCGGCGGAGCUGGAGGAGAUGUCAUACGGAGACGUGCUGGCCCGCUUGCUGUUCACGCGCACGGACGCGCGUUUCCGCCGCGAAAGCUCUGGCGCACUGUUCGACCAGUCGGAGCUCUAG